CAUUUUACGACAGUCCCGAUUGAUGAACGGCAAGCCGUGUUCUGAUGCUACGUGGAGUUGUUUACUAUUUUCUACCGACGCGUGUGAUCAGGAUGCUUCUGUAAAGUUCUUUACCCCAAUUGAAUUUCGGCGGCUUGCAUAUACGUAAAAAUGGGGAAGCCAAAGAAAAAGAGUGACCUCAGUCGAGCUGAACUGAUGAUGAUGACUAUCGCCGAUGUCAUCAAACAGCUGGUUGAAGCUCAUGAAGAGGGAAAAGACAUCAACCUCAACAAAGUGAAAACAAAGACAUCCGCUAAAUAUGGCCUGGAGGCUCAGCCUCGUUUGGUGGAUAUUAUAUCUGCUGUUCCUCCACAAUACCGCCGUGCUCUGGUGCCCAAACUAAAGGCCAAACCAAUCCGCACUGCCAGUGGGAUUGCAGUGGUCGCUGUGAUGUGCAAACCACAUAGAUGUCCACACAUCAGCUUCACCGGCAACAUUUGUGUGUACUGCCCGGGUGGGCCGGACUCAGACUUUGAAUACUCCACACAGUCUUACACUGGUUAUGAGCCAACCUCAAUGAGAGCCAUCCGAGCUCGAUAUGAUCCCUACCUUCAGACCAGGCAUCGUGUGGAGCAGCUAAAGCAGCUGGGCCACAGUGUGGAUAAGGUGGAAUUCAUUGUGAUGGGUGGGACCUUCAUGGCUCUGUCCGAAGAGUACAGAGAUUACUUCAUUAGGAAUCUCCACGACGCUUUGUCUGGACACACUUCAAACAAUGUGGCCGAGGCUGUAAGGUACUCUGAGCGCAGUAACACCAAGUGCGUAGGAAUCACUAUCGAGACGCGGCCCGACUACUGUCUGAAGCGACACCUGAGUGACAUGCUGGGCUACGGCUGUACGAGACUGGAGAUCGGUGUCCAGAGUGUGUAUGAAGAUGUGGCCAGAGAUACGAACAGGGGCCACACAGUUCGUGCUGUGUGUGAGUCUUUCCACUUGGCAAAAGAUGCCGGCUUCAAAGUGGUGGCCCACAUGAUGCCGGACCUGCCCAAUGUAGGCAUCGAAAGAGAUAUGGAGCAGUUCAUUGAGUUUUUUGAGAACCCAGCAUUCAGGCCCGAUGGUUUAAAGCUUUAUCCGACUCUGGUGAUCCGGGGCACAGGCCUAUAUGAGCUAUGGAAGACGGGCCGCUACAAAAGCUAUACACCCAGCACCCUAGUUGAUCUGGUGGCCCGAAUCCUGGCGCUGGUGCCACCCUGGACACGGGUUUAUCGUGUGCAGAGGGACAUCCCCAUGCCAUUGGUGAGCUCUGGAGUGGAGCACGGAAACCUGCGAGAAUUGGCACUAGCCAGGAUGAAGGACAUGGGCACUGAGUGUCGAGAUGUGAGAACCAGAGAAGUGGGCAUUCAGGAAAUCCACCACAAAAUUCGACCCUACCAGGUUGAGCUAGUGCGGAGGGACUACGUGGCCAACGGUAGCUGGGAAACCUUCCUCUCGUACGAGGAUCCCGAGCAAGACAUUCUGAUAGGACUGCUGCGUUUGCGCCGCUGCUCCCCGCAGUCGUUCCGACCAGAGUUGAAAGGUGGUGUGUCCAUCGUCCGCGAGCUGCACGUGUACGGCAGCGUGGUCCCCGUCAGCAGCCGGGACCCCAGCAAGUUCCAACAUCAGGGCUUCGGCAUGAUGUUGAUGGAAGAAGCGGAGAGAAUUGCCACGGACGAACAUGGCUCCUACAAAUUGGCAGUCAUCUCAGGUGUAGGAACAAGGAACUACUACAGGAAGAUGGGCUAUGAGUUGGAAGGACCUUACAUGGUUAAGCAUCUACAUGGACCUGGAUUAGACUGAACAUGGUCUUUGUUUUUAUCAGCAUAAUAGACGGACAAACACACAGAGAAUUUUAUCUUAAGCAUAGGUUUUGGACAAUGUGUUUUCUUUUUCACACCUUUCAGUUUUACUGCAUCCAAAACUCUGCAGGUAAAGCCAGGACUUGGUUGGUUCGAGACAAGCCCCAGACUUAUUUGGAUGACAUUAUGGCUGGAUUUACACUGCACAGUUCAAGUGACACGAGUGCUAGUCCAUACUGGAUAUCUGCCAAUGUGAGUACAGCAUGAAAGCACAGAUCGGAUCUGUCAAAGCGAACUGGCCCAAACAGUAAAUAUACAUCAUAACACAGUCUUUAAAUUAAAAGUACCUACUGACAAUUAAAUAUCCUCGAAAUAUGGUACAUGGUAUGUCAAUCAUUAAAUAAGCAAAAUAAUGAUGGUGGCCAUCAGAUGGGGGGGGGAGUAAGACAAGACCACUAUAUGUUAUAUAUUGUUUAACAUUAGUAAUAUUUAAGUACUAUUUUUGCAACAUGCAAUUUGAGCUGAACAUGGACACUAAAAGAAAUCGACGUAGGCAUUAAAUCCUAAUUGAGCACUUGGACCUACAGUGUAAAUCCAGCCUAUGACAGAUAUUUGAAUUAGAAGACAAGCUUUCCUUUUGCUCUCCAAAUAUUUUGGAGCGAAUAGUACACACAAUUUGAAUAUUCAUUUGGCCAGGAUGAGAAACCAGUAUUAACAUCACAAUUAACCGUCUAUUAUGAGCCAAGUGGGUAUUAAUAUUGCAGAAGAGAAGAAUGUCCUGACCUGCUAAUGUUUGUGUAAUUACACUAUUUAGAUUUAUAUGUGACUAUUUAGGCCACAUAAAUUGGUUCCCUUCAUUCCUUUAAUCCAAUUUCAUGGAUGCAUACGAAUGGUUUUAGUAGCUAGAAAUGUGAACCAUGGUUUUUCUAAGGAAUAAAGUACAAAAUAUGACAUCA